AUGGCAGAAUACCGUUAUGUGCAUCUCACGGGAAGCGUCCAAAGACCUCGUGCUCGGAGUCCGGAGCCGACAUGCACGGGCCGAACCCAUUUGACCAGUAGUGAUAUCGACGCAGAUUUCUACGCUCGGAAGUUGAUACGAAACACAGCACCUUCACUAAGCGUUUACUUAGAUUCUACGCCAUCACGAGAAAAAACUCCAUCAGUGCUUGGGAGCGGGCGCUACUUGGGCUCAUCAGCGAUGUCACCAUCGUCGGCAUACGACGAUUUGCAUAGAGCAUCACCCCCAUCAUCGAGAGUUCUCGACAUCAACGAGCGAUACAGUACUCCUUCGCAUUCUACCGGACUGGAGAGCACCUUCAGACCUUAUACCACGACUCGUUCUGUCGACAUUCGAACGUGCCCAGGAAGGCCCAAAGUAUUUCAGCCCUCUCAUGUGGUGCCUUUCGUCACAUCGUGCGCUAAAUGCUUCAACAAUGGUAAGCGAAAAAACACUCAAGUUUUCUGCCCACACGUCAUGGAACGCUGCAACACAUUCGGUGGAGCAUUUGAAGAUAAACUCUUCGGACAAUACAGGAAUGUCGCAAUGGAGAAAAAAUUCUGA